AUGAACAAUCAAUAUAUCCGCCGGGAAGUUUUCUGCUGUGAGACGUGUGAUGAGCUCAAAAGCUUCUGGGAAAAAGAAAUCAGCAAGCAGACUUGUUACCGAGAGCUGGAGGAAUAUCGCCAGGGAAGAAGUGCCCUGAGAAAGCUCCGAGAGGAAUGGAGGCAGAGGUUGGAGAAGAGGCUUCAGAUGAUGGAUAAUUCUGAGGAACAGAAGCAGCCCCAGCCUGCCAACUGA